CAACUGAACCUACAACUGAGAUUACAACAAACUCUCCUACUACUUCAACUACACUUCCAACUACUGUCUCUUCCACAGAAACGACACAAACAUCUGAACCUAUAACUGCGGUCCCAACAACCCCCAGAACAACACAGUCAGUUCUUUUAAGUUUUUCCAGCGAUGAAACUUUUGUGGAUGAUUUGUCAAAUAGAGCUUCAGCUGCAUAUAAAUCCAGAGAAAGCAGAGUCUUAAAUGAGUUGGAACCAUUAUUUAAAAAGAAUUUCCCCUCCUUCAAAAGUCUGGUAGUUAUUAAGUUCCGUCGAGGGUCAAUCAUCACUGACAUGAAUGUGACAUUUGGAGACCAAUUACCCACUACAGAGGACAUAAUAAUCACUGUUUUCCAAGCCAACGCCACUCUUAAUAUCACCAGCGUAACACUGACAGAGCUCACCACCACCACACCCAGUACCACUACACCUAUAACCACACCUACCACAACUACAACCACACCUAAUACAACUUCAACUGCCAAACCUAAUACAACUACAACCACACCUAAUACAACUACAACCACCACAACAACUACUGCCAAACCUAAUACAACUACAACCACACCUAAUACAACUACAACCACCACAACAACUACUGCCAAACCUAAUACAACUACAACCACACCUAAUACAACUACAACCACCACAACAACUACUGCCAAACCUAAUACAACUACAACCACACCUAAUACAACUACAACCACCACAACAACUACUGCCAAACCUAAUACAACUACAACCACACCUAAUACAACUACAACCACCACAACAACUACUGCCAAACCUAAUACAACUACAACUACACCUAAUACAACUACAACCACCACAACAACUACUGCCAAACCUAAUACAACUACAACCACCACAACAACUACUGCCAAACCUAAUAGAACUACAACCACCACAACUACUGCCAAACCUAAUACAACUACCACCAGCCCUAGUACAACAACAAAAGCAACAACAACAACUACAACAACCACCACGACCACAACAACUCCAGCUACAACCACCACCACAACAACAGGCCCAGCACGUCCUCUGCCCACUGUAGCUGUGCAGAUUAUCAUUAUACAGGUUUUCAUUCCAGCAUUGGCGGACCCGAAAUCUACGGAAUUCAUAGAACUAGCCACAAGAGUGACGAUUAUGUUUGAUGUUGUCUAUAAACAAAAGUUUGGGCCUCGUUUCAUCAGGACCAUCGUGAUUGCAUUCAUAGCUGUUGCCAGAACCCGGGCAGAUUCAAAUGUACAAGCGGAGGUUGAGUUGGUGUUUAGUGAAGCGUCCACUGAACCGAUCCCCAGCAACGCUGAAAUUGUGGAGACUCUGAAAGAAGCAGCUGCUAAUUCAACUGCAGGCUUCAACCUCACCCUUGAUGAAACCUCUAUUACUGUCAUUAAAUCAGUGAAGAUAAUUCCAUUGACAAUCCUCAGCAAUGGAACCUUUGUGGCUGCUCUUUCCAAUAAAAAUUCUACCGAAUUUCAGAACAGGGCUACGAUGAUAAAAGCAGGGCUCGAAACUUUUUUCCUGGCUGAUUACCCUAAUUCAUUCAGCACCAUAUCUCUAACAAACUUCAGUGAUGCCAAUGUAAAAAUAAGGAGCGUGCCCACGAUCCGAAACUCCAUGGAUCUUGUAUUCGGAGCGGACGCUGUUCUACCCAAUAGCACCCAGAUAGUGAACACUGUGGUACGAGCGGCCAGAAACAACACGUUACCCUUCCAGAUCUUCACUUCUUCAAUUAUAAUAAAUGGAAUCGAAUUUUCAUCAGGUGAAGUCAGCAGCAGGAUCAGUGUGAUGACUGCUUCAUUCCUGGUUGCUGUGUCGCUUCUGGUUCCAUGGUUUAACUGAACCUAACCUCUCAUGCAAAUAUAACGGAUUCAGACGGGUCUGAAUCUUGCCUUCAGCUCAAGUGAAGAACUCAAAUGAAGCUACCGAUGCUACUUAAUGAGUAGUAAUGAAAGUACUAUUUUAUAUAAUCCUAUUCUAAACAAUUCAAAAUCUAAGCUGUAAUGAAUUCCAUAUUGGUUCUGGAUCUACAUGUUCUGGUAAAUGUUCUUCAGAAUCCAUCACUCUGCACUUUAGCAUUAACUCCCACAACCGUUCCGUUUAUUAAGGACAUUUUAAAACACAUUAUACAAGUUUUCAGAUUCUAAAGUCUGCUCAAAAUUUUUAGGAAAAGAGGUAUCAAGUAACAGUUAAUAAUAUGACAGUUUUAGUAAUAUGAUGAGUUUAAAAUCAGCCAUCCUCAGAUCAUAACUCGCUACUUCACUUAAACUACAUAUCAAAACAGAUUUAUUUAAAAUAGAACCCAAUAAUGUGCUGACAGAGGGACAAGGUUGAUUUAAAAUGUUUGCUCUCUAUAGAUCUCAUACACACAUACUUCUAGCCCUUUAAAAUGCAGCAUAGCCGCUCUUCUGAAGCAGAAUGCAAGCCAUGCAUUAGAAAAUGUUAAAGGUUAUGCUGGCUGAC